AUGCCCAAAGGCUUAUCCAUUUUGCCGUGUGUCGGUCUGCUACUUGCUAUCGUUGCUCUCGGCCUCAGCAUUUCAGGUUUGGUCAUGACCCGAUCUGUUGAACCACUUCUUUCAGCCAUGGCAUAUGUGCUUGUAGUGGCCCUGGCGACCAUCACGGUGCUCACAUAUCUAAUCUCCACUGAGCACUUUCAGCCUCGAUUCUACAAUUACUACGUCGUACUGGCCCUGAUAUUCGGGAUCUGCCUACUCUCAAUUCUCGCAGGAACUCUUACGGGAAUUGCCAUACCUCGAGUAAACAUGUUGAUCGAUGAUAGCAUCACUUCCAGAACCCUGAUUAUCGUUCUUCGAGCUAUCGCAGUCGUGUUUACUGUCAACGCUAUCUUAUUCGUUGUCUACUGGAUCAUGCUCGCCGUUCUCACAGCUAAACACAGAAACGCAGGUGGCCACUCGAGAUACCAACGUGAGCACCUGCGUUCUCUCAACCGGUCAUACUCGUCCACUCAGGUACUGCCAGCCCAAGUUCAGUCUGAUGCGGCCGAAUUCACAGACACCAGCCACGAACUCACAGACACCAGCCACGAAUUUAGACGGCACACACUGCGAGGCUCAGUUCACUACAAGGGUAUCGAUCCAUAUCACCCACUUCGAAUAAACCCCCCAGCUUCUGACUCGAGCACUGCCGUUUCACAAAUCCUGCGUAAGAUGCGGCGUCGAGGCGUGGCAUAUGAGCUGCCGACUUGCUUUUGCCAGGUGGAAGGAAACCGAGAUGGAGAUGUAAGCCGACCAGGUUGUCAUAUCUGCGCUCCAGGACUCUUUCUAGAAAAUGAGAAUGAGCCGGAGUUCCAGAAGGACCGGAAACAUGAUGCGCAUGGCCAAAGCUGA